AUGGGCUUGGAAUAUGUUCCCGAUGCUUCCCUUGUAAAUCCUACAUGGGUCGCUGUACCACUGAGCGAAAGAGAUGUUUCUGGCCAAAUCCCGAUCAACUUCGUCACUGUCCCGACUGUUUCCCUGACCGCAGCAUGCUUCGGUAACAAUGUCUACGACGCCAGCUCUGCAGAGAAAUGCGUGUCGAAUCUGCUGGUCCUCGGGUACCGUCGCUUCCUGGUGGAUGUAUACUGGUCAACGGAGCUGCGAAAAUGGACGUUCUGCCCCGUGACGAUUCCUCAGAACGUUCACGUCGUCACGCUGACGACGACGCCAUCUCCUACGGCUACGGCGAGCGCUGCCUCGGGCACCCUCACAGUAGUCGCCGGCCCAUCAGGAUCGCCGCUGUACCAGCUCGGCCCUUACCUGUGCUCCAGUAAUUUUGAUCUUUCCGGGCUGGUCGAUAUCUUCGUCGAUUAUUUCCGAAUCACAACCUCCCAAUUGAACGUAUAUACACGAUACCUCUCCUUCAAUCUUCACGUGGCAUCGGAUGCUGCUUCUCCCAAUGGGCCUGCCGCAUCUGUACCAGAUGGACAGCUACCUUCAAUCUCAGAACAUGUCAGCUCUCUGUUCGAGGAGCGCUUGUCUGCGUAUAUCUAUAAACCCUUCCAGCUAUACAAAGACCGCAGCAAUCUCAACGAUUCAUGGUACGAAGUUGACGAUGGCUACAAGCCUAUCACGGAGUAUUUCACCAUUCAUACGGACUCGAGUGGAACGCAAAGCACGCCGGACGGUUGGCCAUGCUCCAAGUACGUGCAGCUUGCGCAGGAGCGGCGCCUGUUUCUGGAAUAUGGCUCCGUGGAUCCGCAGCUGGGCACCUAUGACUUGGUCAAUGAUAACAAUGUCAUUUUUCCCCCGAAUUAUCUAACAUCUAUGGUGCCCGUCUCGUCUUCCGAUAAUAGCAGCUCGGCCUACGGUUGUCUUUACGACCCCGGGGCUACCUCCGUGUCCCAAGUCAAUUCCUCAUGGGCCACAUCCGGUAGUAUGGCUGUAUCCGAACCAUUGAAUGAUCCCCACGGCCUCCGACAAAUGUCCGACUUAUCGCUCAACCUCACAGCCUGCGGGUUAUCACCCACCCUCAACAGCACUUUGUUCAACAAGACGGCCGAUGCUGACACCGAACCAUACCAGAACAUCUCUCUAUCGGCUUCUUGGGCAUGGGCUCUUGGCGAACCUCGAGAUGCAUUGCCCUCGGGCACUGACGAUGAUCCGCCCCGAAUUGAUCGAUGCGCGAUCAUGGACCUCUCCCUCGGCGGCCGCUGGCGCGCCACCAACUGCAGCAAAGUGCGUCACGCAGCUUGCCGCGUGGGAAACCAUCCGUUCACCUGGUCCCUGUCAUCCACUCCCUACGACUACUGGGACGCGCACCAGAACGCCUGUCCUAAAAACACCUCGUUCGCCAUCCCACGGACCGGACUAGAGAAUACCUACCUGUACCAUUACCUACUGGAUCACCAGGGCGAGAUCAUGGAUCCCACCUCAUCCGAUCCAGCAAAACGUGAGAUCUGGCUCGAUUUCAACUCGUUAGAUGUCGCAUCGUGCUGGGUGACUGGCGGCCCGGAGUCCUCGUGUCCGUAUGUCGCCGAUCCACAUCAGCUGGAACGGCGGGCAGUCCUGGUCGCUGCCAUUGCAGGGAUCGUGAUCUGUAUCAUCACGGCUCUGACUCUAUUCGUGAAGUGUAAUACGAACCGAAGAAACUCGCGGAGAGGGAAACGAGUUAUUCAGGGGUGGGAAUAUGAAGGUGUUCCAUCAUGA